GCCAUGGCCAUUCCCGGCAUCCCCUAUGAGCGGCGGCUUCUCAUCAUGGCGGACCCUAGAGAUAAGGCGCUUCAGGACUACCGCAAGAAGCUGCUGGAGCACAAGGAGAUCGACGGCCGUCUCAAGGAGUUAAGGGAACAAUUAAAAGAACUUACCAAGCAGUAUGAAAAGUCUGAAAAUGAUCUGAAGGCCCUACAAAGUGUUGGGCAGAUUGUGGGUGAAGUACUUAAGCAAUUAACUGAAGAAAAAUUCAUUGUUAAAGCUACAAAUGGACCAAGAUAUGUUGUGGGUUGUCGUCGACAGCUUGACAAAAGUAAGCUGAAGCCAGGAACAAGAGUUGCUUUGGAUAUGACUACACUAACUAUCAUGAGGUAUUUGCCAAGAGAGGUGGACCCACUGGUUUACAACAUGUCGCAUGAGGACCCCGGGAAUGUUUCUUAUUCUGAGAUCGGAGGGUUGUCAGAACAGAUUCGGGAGUUACGAGAGGUAAUAGAAUUACCUCUUACAAACCCAGAAUUAUUCCAACGUGUAGGAAUAAUACCUCCAAAAGGCUGUUUGUUAUAUGGACCACCAGGUACAGGAAAAACACUCUUGGCACGAGCUGUUGCUAGCCAGUUGGAUUGCAAUUUCUUAAAGGUUGUAUCUAGUUCUAUUGUAGACAAGUACAUUGGUGAAAGUGCUCGUUUGAUCCGAGAAAUGUUUAAUUAUGCCAGGGACCAUCAGCCAUGCAUCAUUUUUAUGGAUGAAAUAGAUGCUAUUGGUGGUCGUCGGUUUUCUGAGGGUACUUCAGCUGAUAGAGAGAUUCAGAGAACUUUAAUGGAGCUACUGAAUCAAAUGGAUGGAUUUGAUACUCUACAUAGAGUUAAAAUGAUCAUGGCUACAAACAGACCAGAUACACUGGAUCCUGCUUUGCUUCGUCCAGGCAGAUUAGAUAGAAAAAUACAUAUUGAUUUACCAAACGAACAAGCAAGGUUAGAUAUAUUGAAAAUCCAUGCAGGUCCCAUUACAAAGCAUGGUGAAAUAGAUUAUGAAGCAAUUGUGAAGCUUUCAGACGGCUUUAAUGGAGCAGACCUGAGAAAUGUUUGUACUGAAGCAGGUAUGUUUGCAAUUCGUGCUGAUCAUGAUUUUGUAGUACAGGAAGACUUCAUGAAAGCAGUCAGAAAAGUGGCUGAUUCUAAGAAGCUAGAGUCUAAAUUGGACUACAAACCUGUGUAAUUUACUGUAAGAUUCUUGUUGGCUGCAUGACAGAUAUUGGCUUAAUGUAAAAAUAAAGUUAAGGAAAAUUAUGUAUUGGCAAAAAUGAUCUCAUUAAAAGAGUAUGAGUAAAAAUGUGUAUGAAUAACAUUGUAAAAAUUAGUAAUUCAGUAAUUCUACUUUUAAGAAGUAUGGAAGAAAUUUGUAUGUUUGUUAAUGUUGCAGUUAUUGCAGCAGAAGUUAUAAAAGAAGAGUAUGUUGAAGCUUUUUGUAUUUGCUGUGUAUUUUGUAAAACCUUGAAAAUGGUUUGAGACAGUAGUACCAGAUAGCAUUUCUUACGACUUAGUUUAUAUCGUUUGUUUUCCUCACCCUAAAAAGUUUAAUAAAAUCUGUUUGAUUCCGUUCUCCUACAUAUAUUCUUGUCUUUUAUGAGACUACGUUUACUGUGGUCUAAACUAUUUAAUAACCAAGAUGAAGUUGGAUUUAGAUUGUAGACUUUUGAAUUUUAUUUUAGAACAGUACCUAUACUCAGUGUUCAUGAGAGCAUCUUAUUAUAUGUAACAUAGAUGUGUGUCUGUAUAUAUUCCUCCUUCCAGAAAGCCUUUAUUUAUUCUCCACCUACUAUGAUUAAGCCGUGUGAUAGUUAAUUGAAAUAGUGACAUGCACAUCCAUAACCAUUUUUUAGAUUAUGAUUAAAAGUAACAUUUGCUAUUUAAA